AUGGCCGUCUCCCGAGAAGGUGCUCGCCUAGCACGAGCCUUGAGGCAAAGGCUUUCAGCGCAACAAUCUGCUCCGCUAUGCGCCAGAGGAUUUGCCUCUACCAGGCCGGCGCACAAUGCCACUGUAAAAGACGAUGGCAUUGCCGACAUCGAAUCGACGUCCGCGUUCACGGCGCCGCAGCCCGACCAGAACAUUGUCAAAGCUUUCGAGGAGGCGCGCAGCCGGGACCAUAAAGAGCGAAGGCUGCCUGGCAACCGAUACCAAUACCACCCUCCCAAGUAUAAUCGAGGCCCUCUGCAUCCUAUCCAGGCGCCGCCCUCAUCCGACCCGACGGCUCGCGACUUCGUUCCUGGGCCAUUUAGCUUUCCCCGGUUGAAGCACACGUACGACAGCACCAUUGCGCCAGACCUCAUGACCCUCACAUACAAACACAUCCCUCCCGGAACUACACCACCCGAAUCACAGAAGGGACUGCUGCGCCAAUGGGACGGGUCCUCACCAUACCACAAGAACCGACCUAGCAGAGGACCCAGAGGCGGAGGCUCCUCGAGACUUGGGAUAAUAGAGCGGGACAUUACUUGGAACAACAUCCCCGAGAUUGAGGCCGUCACUAUCAACUCAUACGCUCCUCUCGCGGCCGACAACAAGGAGUAUCUCCACGUCGCCCGAGCCGUCGUCCAAGCCAUCAGCGGCCAGUUCCCCGAGGUGACGACCGUGAAGCACAACGUCAUCCACUGGGGUGUCCGCAAGGGAUCCAAGGCCGGUGCCAAGACGACUUUGCGCGGCGGUGCGGCUUACGACUUUGUUGAUAAGCUGGUGACGUUGGUCCUGCCCAAGAUCAAGGACUGGCCGGGCAUCAAGGCCACCAGCGGCGACAGCGCCGGCAACAUUGCGUUUGGCAUGCAGCCCGCCUGGAUGGCUUAUUUUCCCGAGAUUGAGUUCAACUACGAUAUGUAUCCUCCUAAGCUGAUGCCUGGUUGCGACAUCUUCAUCCACACCUCUGCGACAUCGGAUAGACAAGGCAGGCUGCUCAUGGAAGCACUGGGAUUCCCAUUCUACGGCAAGGUCACGCACUGA